CCAACACCCUGUCCUUAUCACCCCUCCAGGAAAACACCCGGACCAUGAAGGCAGCCCUGGCGUUGCUCCUCUCGCUCGCCCUCGCUCUGCUCCCUCCGGCCAGCGGGCAGCGCCGCAAACCCCCCCGCAGACCCACCCGGCCGCCCGCCCCCUUCGUGGAGCCCGUGGAACCCACCGAGCUGCCCCCUCCCCUCCCUCCGGGACCCCCAUCCAUCUUCCCGGACUGCCCCCGGGAAUGUUACUGCCCUCCGGACUUCCCGUCGGCGCUGUACUGCGACAGCCGCAACCUGCGCACGGUGCCGACCAUCCCGGCGCGCAUCCACUACCUGUACCUGCAGAACAACUUCAUCGCCGACCUGCCCGAGGAGUCCUUCCGCAACGCCACCGGCCUCAAGUGGGUCAACCUGGACAACAACCGCAUCCGUAAGGUGGACAGGAAGGUGCUGGAGAAGCUGGAGAACCUCGUGUUUCUCUACAUGGAGAGGAACCAGCUGAAGGAGGUGCCCGCUUUCCUGCCGCCCAACCUGGAGCAGCUGCGGCUCAGCAGGAAUCAGAUUUCCAAGAUCCCGGCUGGUGUUUUCAACAAGCUGGAGAACCUGGUGCUGCUGGAUCUGCACCACAACAAGCUGAGCGAUGGUGUGUUCAAUAAAAACACCUUCAAGGGGCUCAAGAACCUCAUGCAGCUCAACCUGGCCCACAACAUCCUGAGGAAAAUGCCCCCCGGCGUGCCCAGCGCCAUCCACCAGCUCUUCCUGGACAGGAAUAACAUCGAGGACAUCCCCAGCGAUUAUUUCAAGGAGUUCCCCAACCUGGCUUUCAUCCGGCUCAACUACAACCAGAUCUCGGAUAAGGGGCUGCCCAAAAAUUCCUUCAACCUCACCAACCUGCUGGUGCUGCACCUGGCGCACAACAARCUCACCAACGUGCCCUUCAUCAGCCCCAAGCUGGAGCAUCUCUACCUGAACAACAACUCCAUCGAGAGUGAGUCCCACCCUGGGCGGUCAUGGGGUGCUGGGGAGGGUUUUUUUUGGGAAGGAAAAGCUUGGAAAGGUCGUUUCUCAUCUGGUGGGAGCU